AUGGCGGCCUCAGUGUACGCGACACCACCGCCUGAUCUCAGCGGCGAAGAAGCCGCCCUGAGCGAUGCGUCCAAUUCAUCGCAAACGAACAGUUCGCACGGUUCAGCGCUGAAGGCCUCCAAACGGACGCUGUCGUCGUCCUUUCUGAAUGCGGCCACUACACAGAGCAGCUCACUGACGACGGCCUCUUCGCAGCUUAGUUCUGACUCGCUGCCGGACUUGUCCAAGAAACGCCGCAAACAGUCCAUGCCGAUUCGGUUCGCUGCCAAUGGAACGGCUAUCGAAACGACAGCACCAGGUGCCGAGGCAGGAGAUCCACCUCGAGAGGAUGAUCUGGCUACUGAGCAGCGCAGAGAAGGCUCACCAAACACCGCUAGUCCACCACCGAUGGACACCCGGGACGAUGACGAUGAGGACGUCGACAGUGCGGCCCUACUUGAGGAGCAGCAAAGUAACUUCCAGAAGAUAUUCCUCUCGAACCUGAGUCAAUUACAGCAGAAGCAUCUGCAGCUGCAGCACCAGCAUCACCAACAACAGCAGCAGCAGCAGCAGCAGCACUCGGAGGGGUUUUUGCCGGACAACUUCCUGAGUUCGAAGCUGAAUAGUUUCAUGGCUCUUGGCGCACCUCGAUCGGGUAGAGGAUCGCUCGAACCGCGGAGUGAUGACGAAGCAGAAGGUCCUGAGAGUCGCUCACGAUCCAGAGGUCCUCGAAGUCGCGAUCAAUCACCUGGCAGAGGGAGUGGUCCUCCUGAGCGUAAGGACGAUCUGACAGGUGAUGACGAUCCAGGAUCAAUCCCAUUUCGACCCGCAGUACGUAACUCAUCCCCGGUUGGUGGUGAAGAUAAGGCUCCACCGGAACAACCACCACUCAGUUCACCAAGGAUCUCGCUUAAGAAGGAGCUGAUGUUAGAUCCAGAGUGGGACGGCGAGAUCCGCAGCAGCAUGCCCAAGCCGGACGACUGGAUUUCGAUCGCAGGGCUAUCAUUUCCCUUUCCUCCCGAGGCUGCAGCUGCUCUGUCUGCCUCAGGUUAUCUGCCUCAGUUACCUCUACUUGGGGUUCCUACGGUGCCACCAUUUGGUGGGGCUGGCGAUAGCGGCGGAAGUCGCCCAGGGGUGCCUCCACUGCGGAUCUUCAACCCGGAGGCAUACUGCGACCUGUGCAACAAGGAGUUCUGCAACAAGUACUUUCUUAAGACACACAAAGCGAACAAACACGGUAUCUACGAGGCUCCGGCAGCAGCCAAUGGAACAUCGGAAAGUGGCACUCCGUCACUAGCCGCGAUGGGUCACCCGUUCAACCCGAUGCAUCAGCUGUCACAGGUGUUCCAGAUGCAGCAGCAACCUGGUCUGGGGUCUGAUCAGCUCGAGAAGCUUGGUGUCAACCAUCACACGCCUACGUCGGACACGGAGCGGAUGUUCCAAGCUUCAUCGUCGGCGGCUUCUUCUGCGGUGGCUCAGACAUCGGGACCUAAUAUGGGCGUGAAACCAACUCCACCGGCACCGCAGCGCUCAGCCCAAUCUCCAAAGGCACCCGGUCACAUCCAACCGACGGUGUUUUGUGACAUCUGCUUCAAGAAGUUCAGCAGCCUAAGCGCAAUGCGUAAACACCGCAGCAAGGCUCACGAGCUGUCAAACAGUGGUCAUCAGCUGCAGCAGCAACAGCAGGCCCAGCAACAACAGCAAGUCCAGCAGCAACAGCAGCUACAGCAGCAACAGCAACUCCAGCAACAGCUGCAGCAACAUCUCCAACAGCAGUACCAGCAACAGCAACAGCAACAAGUUCAGCAACAACAGCAGCAACAUGCCAAGCUGGCGGUUUCGAAGCAGGAAACAUUUGAGCACGGUGGUCAAGAGCCACUGCAGUUGCCGGAUGGGUUCCGAGAGGACUACACGAUCGAACAAGAAGACGUCACGUUCACACCCCAACCACGCAAACUUUCGCCCCACUCAAUGCAGGCGGCUCGUGAGGCAAACUUCUCGGCGGACAAACUGCGCCGGUUGGGUGUCGCAAACCCAGAGGCAUUCUGCGAGAUCUGCUGCAAGGAGUACUGCAACAAGUACUUCCUACGCACGCACAAGCUCAAGCGUCAUGGUAUCUUGCCGACGCCGGACGAGCUCAAGGAAGGUGAGCGUCAUCCGUGGGCGCCAUUUUUGCAGACAAGCCCGCUCAACCUGAUCAUGGGCGGUACGGCUGCGGACGUUGUUGGCGCACAGAUGGCGCUGCAAGCGGCAUCACCUUCGUCGUUACGCAAGCUAAUGGCGGCUGGAGAGCAGUUGGGCGCGAUCGAGGGUGCUAAGGGUUUGCUCGAGAUCAAACGCGAGCAAUCACCACCAGUGCGCCCCAACAAUGGUGCAGGCGAUGGAGGCGUCGACUCAGACGACCAGCAACCCUCGGAGGGUGUACAUCAGGCGAAUACUGACGGAGGACGUGAUGGUGGCAGUGACGAGGACGCCGAAGCGAUCAGUGUGGACCUGCAGAAGCUGCAGUCGAUGAUCAUGCAGCUAAACGACCUGAACAGCAUGCAACAGCAUCAGCAACAACAGCAACAACGCAAAGCAGGUUGCACCGUGUGUGGUAAAGAGUUGCCCAAUCCGUAUCUACUGCACGCACACAUGCUCCAGGAGCACGGUGGUGUGUUGGCAACGGCGGCUGCUGCAGCAGCGGCUGACAACAACAACGGUUUGAAGGGUGGUCCACCAUCUCGUGCACCAACACCGCCUGGUGAGGUGACGGAAACGUGCAAACAAUGCGAUAAGGAGUUCCCGGGUAUGUUCCAGCUAAAGCAACACCUAGCUGAGGCACACGGUGCUGGAUUGCCUAGUCCCAAGCGUGAGGGUUUCGUAACACCCGAACGUCCUACUGGCGGUACGGGUACCGGAACCGGAAGUGGCGUUCCAAUGCCGCCAGCCGCUCCAGGAUACGCCGACCGAAAGCCGGUCUUCUCGAUGACGCCAACUAGCAGCUACUGCGAGAUCUGCAACAAGGAGCUGUGCAACAAGUACUUCAUGAAGACGCACAUGCAGCGCAUGCACGGCAUCGAGAUCGAGAAUGGGGCACAGAUUGGGGGCGUCGUGUGUAACAUCUGCAACAAGGAGCUGUGCAGCAAGUACUUCCUGCGCGUGCACAAACACAACACACACGGCAUCGUGGAAGAGGGCGCUCCUUUGCCACAGGCUCGUCAGAAUGGCUCGGCUCCGGGGACUGGAAAUGGAGCAGGAACCGGUGUUGGUGUGGGUGUCUCUGAAAGCUCUACAGCAGGACCUUUUCCGGGACCUGCGACGGAUCUGAAGCCAGGUGAAGUCAGUGAUCUCAGCAACCGGUACUACUCGCAUUUCACGGAGGUAUGUCCGUUGUGCAGUCGGCGGUUCCGCAGUGCUAAGUGGCUAAGGGCACAUUUGCUGAGUGACCACGGGAAGCCGGGUGUUGAGAAGCUGAAGGAUAUGGAGCAGAAGUUGGGCUCGAACGGAACGGGCCAGAAUGGAACCGGUCUCCUAGGAAACGGUCCAGCUUCAGGUGGAUCAGGUGGUCGCAGUAAGUCAAACAGCCCUUCACUGAAAGUACCGAAUGGAUUGGGUGAAAGCAAAUAUGGACCGAAAUCCCCGUUCGGAGGGCUAAGCCCAGCUGAGGCAGCUAAGUUCCUACCGAAGGGCAUUCCAUCGCUGUUCGGUGCUGAACCACAGACGUCCCCAAUGGGCGCGCUCAAGGGCUAUCAGUGCUCGUACUGCUCAUUCGCGACUCCACUGUUGCCACUGCUGUUUAUUCACGAACGAUCACACUCCAGCCUCACGAUCGUACAGCAACAGUUGCUGCAACAACAGCAGCACCAACAACAGCAACAACACGAGGAAGCCCAAGCAGCAGCAGCGGCAGCAGCAGCAGCUGCAGCAGCCGCAGCAGUGGCUCUUGGGACGACACCUUUCGCACCACUGCUCAAAUCGGAGUCAGCUGUGUCGUUGGCCAAGGAUCAACCCGUGAGCCAGCUGAUGCCAGGCACAUCCUCAGAGACACCUUCAUCAACACCGGCCUCAACACCGGUGCCAUCGCUCUCGCAGGAAGCCCUUAAUCUGCAUCAGCAGCCACAACCACGUCCUCGUAGCCCCGAACGAGCGACCUCUCCACGAGAGCCUGAUCCAGGAUUGGCAAGAGCUGAAUUGCCUCGUUCGAAGCCAGUUUCGCCGGAUACACGGGCUGAACCGAACGCAAUGUUAUCAGAAGUGGCCAACAUCACGCAGCGUCCGGCAGUGUACGCUUUGCCACAGCAGAGUGGUCCACUGAUGAUGCAAUCGUUCCUGAUCGAAGAGUCCCUGGGAGGUGAUGGAGUUGGUCAACGAUCGCCGCAGCAUGCGGACAAACCGGAUGGGGCGCUGGUUUCGGGCCAGGACUUCCGAUUUGUACCAGCCGUCGUGUUUCUGCCGGUGAAGGAGCGCAUCCUGGCGCCGAUGACGAUAUCGUUCAACCUGAGCCCGGCUUAA